ACUCUUUAGCUAGUAGCCAGUAGCUGACUCUGAAACAGAUAACGCGCCGAAUGAAAACCCAAAGCCCGUAUUGAACUGACUGUGGAUCAGUUGUCGGGCAAACUUUUGCACUUUGACUGAAGGAAGAGUUGACGUGAAAUUGGACCUAAAAUGUCUGAAGCUACCGCCCCCCCAAACCCCCAUCUGCACUUUGCCCCAGACCGUGGAGAUCUUGUGGACGAAGAGGAGAAGGUCCGCUUGGUUCCGAUUCAUCAGCGACCGGACCUGCUGGUCCCCUGCGCCGACCUGGUUAACUCGGAGUGGGCGAGAAGCCAGGCCGCCCGGGUCCACUCCCUCCAGAAGUCCUGCUCGGAGUUCCCCGUCUGCCUGGUCCUUCUGCAGGGCCACGAGAGGCUGCUGGGACACGCCCGGCUGUCCCGGGUCGUGGGUCACGGCGGCAGCUUGUUCGUCGAGUCUGUGGUGGUCUCCAAGGAGGAGCGGGGGAAGGGCUACGGCCGGGUUCUGAUGGAGGAGACGGAGCGCUACGCCAGGCGCAGAGGCUUCAAGCGUCUGUGUCUGACCACCCACGACAAGCAGCACUUCUACGCGCACCUCGGCUACGUGCUGUCCACGCCGGUGCAGAACACGGGCCCCGUGAUGGCGCUGGUUCCCAUGGCGAUGCUCAUGAGGCUCUCCAGAGUCCCCGCUGAUGAAGAAUCACUAAGCACCAAAGAUGAAGCAUCGAAAGAGCGCUCAGGAGGGUCGACGCCCCCUUCAACACUUCCUCCUCCUCCACUUCCUCCUCCAUCUACCCCUCCUCCUCCUCCUCCAUCUACCCCUCAUCCUCCUUCUCCUCCAUCUACCCCUCAUCCUCCUCCACCUCCUCCUCCAAAAUGUGGAGAGCAGAUUGUAGUUCAGACUUUGACUGAAACCCCCUACAGAGACGCCAGAGGGACUCCCAUCUUUUGGAUGCACAAAGACAUUUGAGCAUUUUUACAGACUCCGCCUCCAUCCAAAAAAGAGAAAAACAGGAAGACUAUCGGCGUGCAGACACCACCCUCAUCCGCAAAUCCCUCCAUCCCUGUGGGUGAUGCACACAUCCACCACAGAAAAAAGGACGACAACCAAGAAAUGUUUUGAUAAAUGCCGACACAAAGUUUAAAAUCAAGCACAGAGUUGGACAAGCAACUGAAAGAAAUCUUUAUAUUCAAGAGAAGACGAACGACUGCUGGACAAUCGUGAGCUGCACUCGCAGGUGAAGAACAUCUUAGAGGGACUUCUGAGUACCUAUAAGGGAAUUUAAAUGUGCUCAAAUUAAGAAAAAGUUGUAAAAUGUUUGUGCGUACACUGAGGUACGGUGUACCUCCAAUUUCAACACAAGAAGCUUCUCUUUUUUUUUUCUUUGUGGCUCAGCCAUUUGCAGAAGCUUCAACCCAUUUCUGAAAACUCAGCUUCCUCUUUCUACUCAUGUAACAGAACUUUAAGAAGAGUUUUUACCUCUUUCUGUCCGUCUGGACCAAGUUUCAAUUUUGCCUCAUCAUUUUCUCUGGAACUGACACAAAAACCCACAGCUCUAAUAAUCUUAGAUGUUUCUCGGCCGAUUAAAUCAGUUUAUAUCAUCGUCACAUGUUCUGUUGAUGUUGAAGCAUGUUUUAUUUCCAGCUUUACACAUUAAAGUCCCAUCAGUUGUCUCACA